AUGAAGCAGGAGCUGGCGAUGGGUAUUGUCGGUGGGUUCGUGGACGACGACCGGGAUGUGUACAUGAUCGAGGGAAAGGACACGAUCAUUGACAUCAUCCGGAUGCAGCAGCAGGCCGAUCUCUGGCAAACCCUGUCGGUGGAUCUGGUCGACUGUGGACCGGGUAGCCGCGAAGGCGACAACUACAUGUCGGUCAUCAAACGCGUGGUGGCCCACUGCAAGGCGAAAUCAUCGGAUGGACGAAAUCACGUAUUUAAGAUUUCGCUGAUUUUCAAACGUCAAAUCACAAACCCCAACCGGCGAAUGCUGUUCCGGUGCGAUGCUGCGUUCGAGAACGAAAUUACCGCCUAUGCCAGCAUCAUUCCCGUCCUGCAGCGGAUAGCCCCGUACGAUCUGCCGUACCCGAAGUGUGUGACAGCGGGCAGCGACGAGUACGGGGAUCGGAUUGUGCUCGAGGAUCUGACCACCAGCGGAUACGCGAUGGUUGACCGACGGAUCGGUCUCAGCUUCGACCACUGUAUGGCCGUCAUGAAGGAACUGGCGAAACUGCAUGCCGUCUCGCUGGCACUGAAACACGAGCAGCCACACGAGUUUGCCGAUGUCUGCUCGAAGGUGCGCGAGAUCGUGUACUGUCCCGAGGCGGCCGACUUCUACACACAUUCCCUCGAGUCUUCGUUGCGCGGUGCGCUGGAUAGUCUGCGGUACAGCAACAGCAAGGGCGAUCUGGAUGGGCCGAUUCGUGCGGUGGAAGGAUUGACCGGUCGGCUGUAUCGCAUCAUGUGCGGACUCGUCUGUAACGGCAUGGAUGAAGCGUGGCGCGUCAUCUGCCACGGUGACACCUGGGUGAACAAUCUGAUGUUUAGUGCCGAUCGUCAGCACGUCCGGUUGAUCGAUUUGCAAACGAUGCGCUGCACGACACCGGUGCUCGACAUCCUUCAUCUGCUGUACACGAGUACGGAGCGCAAUAUGCGCCAACAGCAUGUUACCGAUCUGCUGCUGCAGUACCGCCGCACAUUGCUCGAAGCGCUGCAGGAACACUUCGACACGUUCCACGAGCCCGCUGCGGCGGCAUCCUUGUUGCGCCACUUUGCCGAACUGUUCUCGUACCAGCGGUUGCGGGCCGAGUACGAUCGGUGUCUACCGUACGGGUUGGGCAUUGCGAUGUGGUUGCUGCCGGCCGUUACCUUCAACCCGGACCAAAUACCCGACCUGGACGCGGUUACGAUCAACGAUUUCAAAACGAAAAAACACGAUAAAAGGAUCGCCCAGAUCGUGUCGGCCAACUACCACACGCGAACGCGCGACAUUGUGCUGGAAAUGUACGAGCAGGGCGUACUGCAGCGGCUCCAAACGGAGUUCAUCUAG